AUGGAGGUGCAGCGAGAGACUGAGGCUCUGCAGCGAGUUGUGGCAAAGACAUCCGACAACAUGGUCGACAUCUUCGAGAUUGCCCCGCAGGAUCACGCACAUCGACCUGCACCGACUACGUUUGCGUAUGCAGGGCAGGAAGCCCGCAUCGUACGGUACCAGCACUUGUUGUCCAAACUGGAUUCCAAGGAUGAGACCCCAACAGGUGUCCAAGUGGAUUGGCUUCCCCAGGAAGACGACACCAUCGAGAUGCAACGCGGCGUUCCGACCGUCAAGACAGAGUUGGACAAGCCCCUGGUUGGCACAUUUGCAGAUGCAGCGGCGGCCAUGGCAUGA